GCCGGAUGUUGCUUUGACUACAGGUACGAGGUCCUUUGACUUAUCUUGUCAAUGCGCGCUGAUUGAUUUUCUAUAUCAAUAGCUUGGAAUAACUUCCUAGGUAUCUGGGAGCCCUUACCACGUGCAGGCCGCCAUGACCACUCGAAACAUCCUUGUCACUGGUGCGACCGGCAAACAAGGUGGUGCUGUCGUCCGCGCCCUUCUUGAUCAUCCGCCUCCCUUUGAUUAUCAAAUCCUAGCCGUGACCCGCAAAUCUACGUCUGCCUCUGCAAGGUCGCUUGCCUCCAAUCCCAAGGUCACCAUCAUCGAGGGCAGUCUCAAUGAUCCAGAGUCAAUCUUUAAGAAAGCGGGCGGAAUUGGUGCUGUCUGGGGAGUGUUUUGCGUCACUAUCCCAUCCUUCAAGAAAGAGGUGGAGGACGCGGAAGUAACGCAAGGAAACGGUCUGGUGGAUGCUGCUGUGGCGCACGACGUCAAACAUUUCGUCUACACGUCUGUCGAUCGAGGCGGUCCUGAUCAAUCCGAUGUGUAUGCUACAGAUAUUCCGCACUUUGUUUCCAAGUACAAUGUCGAAAAGCACCUCAGAGAGAAAGCGAGAGGCACGGGCAUGUCAUACACGAUGCUAAGACCGGUGGCUUUCAUGGACAACCUGACUCCCAAUUUGCCGGGAAGAAUAUUUGCGACGAUGUGGGCGUCCCUGGGGGACAAACCUCUUCAAAUGGUGGCUAGCAAGGAUAUUGGUAUCUUUGCUGCACAGGCCUUUGCGGCGUCGGAAAAGGAAGAAUACCACAACAAAGCCAUCAGCAUCGCUGGCGACGAGCUCACCCAAGCCAGAGCCAACGAGAUCUUUUGGACAGUGUUGGGUCGCCCCAUGCCUCGAUCAUACAACUUCAUGGCCACUCUCCUGAAGAAGAUGAUUCCUGAAAUGGCGAAAAUGUUCCAAUGGUUUGCUGACCAGGGUUAUGGCUGCGAUAUCUUCUACUGUCGCCAAUUGAACAAAGACAUGCUUGAUUUUGAAACUUGGCUACGGGAGGAGAGUGGGUUUAAGCGCUAACAUAUGGAAAGUCAUAUGAUGUCCAGAGUUUGGAGCUUCGGAAUGCGGCAGGGUCUUGCAAGGGAUUCUUUUGAAGGGUACGAAAAUUGGAUGUGCUAUAUUUCUCACAUUUCAGUGGGCUCUAAUCGAAUUGGACUUGGUGCGGAAUUCGGAAUCACCCGGUGAAUCUUCAACUCAAUUAAUUCACUUCGUUCCAG